AUGUCGCUCCAUAUCUACAUUGCUCACUCUGGUGAGCAUCUACUGGCCGACCCGGUCUCCUUUGCCUCUACUGAAGCCCUGAAGACAUGGAUCGUUCAAAAUACCUCCAUUCCACCAACAAGACAGAUUCUCAUGACCGCCCUGGGAAAGAAUGUGAAGAUCCAGACGCUUGCUACUGAGACAGAAAUCUUUGUUUAUGACCGACAAUACGUCAGUGACCCUGGCGACGCCGAACUACCAGAGCUACCUCGACCCGAGUCCUUCAGGCCGACCAGCCCACCCGCAUCCAUAACCGAUCAGAACGACCUUCAGUCAUGGCGGAAUUUGUUCAUGAAAAGAAGGUCCUGGGCACUAGAACUGUCUACCCGUUGCGAAGCUAUCGACAAGCAAGUCCGAGAACACAACGAACGAACCGACGUCAUCCAUCGCGGCCUGGGUGUAGCCCUGGAGAACCUCAAAUCUCACGUCGGAACUCUUGAGCAUCGUUUUCAAGAGGCUCAAACAUGGGCGAACAAUCUCCUCCAGGAACAGGAGUCAGCUUUAGAUGGUUGGCAGCGGGCUCUUUCGACUCUCGAGAGCAUUCCGGCGCGGAAGGACUUCCCCAUGCUCGGACGCCCGUCCACGCCAAAGAUAGACAAAGACCGGCCCACAGGUACCCUCCUUGACUUCGUCGAUGUCCCUGAAGUCCAGCGGGCUGGGUCGGAUGUGGCGCUAGCAGCACCGCGCUUCUCUGGGCAAAUGCGAGACAUGGAGCGGAUUGUUACCGACAUUGCUACAGAAACACAGCACCUGGUAGAUGACUCAUUUCCCAAUUCCGAGAAUGGUGAAGAAGGAUUGCUGGAAGAGGUCGAAACGAUCGCAAAGAAGAUCCACUCUGAUUAUGAGCAUGUCCUUGGGUUGCCAAACAACCAAAGGAUGCUGGCAAACAUCUCUAGGCUUGCUCUCAACCACACCCAGAAUCUUCUUCCUUCGCUCUUCGAGCUCGGCAAGGAUAUCCACUAUGCGUUGGAGGAAUCUUGGCGCCGGCGCUCCGCGGCAGGCAAGAAAGCUCUCCAGCAAAUGCGCACCAUCUCCUUCAUUGAGUCCCGUCUCGCUGAGGUUCACUCCCAGAUAGUUGAACUCGACGUGGACAGCAACUCGUUUGACAUCAUAUGCUCUGUUUUCCAAAUGCCGAUGGUCUAUGGUUCCGUUUUGAUCGAAUGCACACGGCGCCAGGAAUGGAGCGGCAAGAUCAAGGCAGACUCCCUGAGUUUAGCAGAGGAAAUGGCGGUGUUGAGAGAUGAGGAACAGCGCCGACGCAAGAAAUGGGUCAAGAAUAUGGGUGACUUCAUCUCCUUUGGGGAUACCAAUGCCCCGGGAAUCGAGGUCAAUAUCCAGGGCCAAGACGAUGAAUGGCCGGAUGUCAGUCGUAAAGAAAUCGAACUUUACAUCGACGAGCUACGAUCCAAGCAUUCCUUGGCCAAAAUCGCCGAUGAUUUGACAGUCCAGUUUAAAGAGUUGGAUGCACCCACACGUCAACAGCGGCGGAGGGCCAAAGCCUUUAAGAACGGGAGCGUUUUUGAUCUCGGUCGGAGCUCAAUGUUGCUACGCGGUGAUGAUGUAGUGCGAAGCCUACGGGAGGAGAAGGCCAAACUCGAGGAAAGAGUCAAAGGGUCCGACAGCCGCAUCCGAAAACUAGAGGACCUGUUGCAUCGCCAGAGCCACCUGAGUCGACCAUCAAGCGGCAAUUUCGGUCCUGAUUUCCCCAGUUCUCCUGCAUCUCCGCACCCUGACGCCAUGUCGCGACGUUCGUCUGUGUCUUCAAGACGGGUGUCGAUGAAUCAGUCUCCGGAGGACAGAGCGCUUGUGCAACGCAUCGUAACACUCGAGGCCGAAUUGGCCGCGGAGAAGGAAACAGUGCAAAGGCUUCACAAAGAAGCACAUGCCGAGCGCCAGUCCAGCUCCGAUAAAUAUCAAGAAGCUCAAUCCACCAAGAAAGAUCUCAUUGGCAAUCUUGAGGCACGCCAACGCGAGUUUGAAGAUGAACGACGGUUCAUCGAGGCGGAGCUGAAAAAGGUUCGACACCGCAACGAAGAGGUGGAAGAGGAGCUCGAUAGGCUCACGGACAGCCGGGAGCAUGAAAAGCAUGAACUGGAUGAGCGUAUUCACCAGCUCGAGGUCGACUUGCAAGCUGCCCAUAUCAGCUCCAGAGAGGAAGCUGCAAAGAUAACUGGGCUGAGUGAACGCAUUCAUGCUCAACAAGAGGAAGAGCAAAAACUCAAGGCAAGGAUCGAGUCCCUUGAGCAACAGCAAGGCGAAUGGAGCCAACGGGAUCAUGAAAAUUACAAUGCUCUUCAGUCAGCAUUUAUGAACCUGUCACCCGGAGGAGCCGUCCCAUUUGAGCUUUCUGGCAUCAUUAAAGCCAUUGAUAUUCUGUCCGAAGGUCUCUCCAUCCACGCGCGGAGUGCGGAAGAGAGCGCUACCAAGGCAAUGGCUGAGGCCAAGUCUUUCGAAGAGAGGAACGCGCAACUCGAGUCUGAUCUCGAGGCGACAGCGAAGAGCGUCGAAGAUAAAGAAACUAAGCUGUCUCAACUCCAACAAGAACUAUCGGAUACACAAAGCAAACUGGACAAUGCUAUGCGUGACCUGGAACAAGAGCGUUCAGCACUAACUUCGCUGCAGAACCAGGUGUCAGCUGGCGAAAGUGGAUCCGACGCCCUGCGAGAACAAAUUGCAGAAGAACAACAAAAGCACGCAGAUCUGUCUCAGAGACUUGCUAAUGCCGAAACCGAGGCACGAGACUUCAAAGAUAAUCAAUCUGACUGGGAAAAAAGGCUCGAAGAUGCCUCCGAGGCAGUCAAGCAAGCUGUGGCUAGGGUUAAUUCCCGAGGCAGCAAAUCGCACGAUAUCUCAAAACGGCUUUUCUCUCAGGUUGAGGCAUUGGUACGCAUGCUGGAGCAGAUGGGCUUUGCGAUCGUUCAACAGAAUGGCCAUCUUGCAGUCCAGCGUGCCUCAAAGAUCAAUUCGUCGUCCAGUCUUGGAGAGAGCCUCGCUCAAUCUGCGACUGUCUCGAUGAAGCCGGACGCAUCAUUGCUGGCUUGGUUAGAUGCAGAGACUCAAGAGGAAGAGGAGACUAAGUUUGCCGCGUUCAUUGAAGGUCUGGCUCAGUUUGACCUCACAAGCUUCGGAGAGACAGUCAUCAAACGCGUCAAGGAUCUGGAGACCUAUGCUCGCAGGUACGUGAAAGAAUCUCGAGCUUACCGUGACCGUUACCAUCGCGCCCAAAGCGAAGCCCAUGAGAAGAUCGCGUACCGGUCUUUCAAGGAAGGGGAUGUUGCUCUGUUUCUUCCCACUCGAAACCAAGCAAUCCGCUCUUGGGCAGCUUUUAAUAUCAAUGCGCCACACUACUUUCUCCGCGAGCAAGACUCCCAUAAGCUUGACCAAAAACCUGGCUUCUUGCUCGCAUUACUAAGAUUGAAGAGCGAAUUCGCUGCCACAGACAAAAAGUCCCUCGGAGAAGCCAGUGACGGCAACUCUCUGGACGAUGAUAAUCCCUUUGCGCUUUCUGAUGGUCUACGCUGGUAUCUCGUUGACGCUAUUGAGGAAAAGCCUGGCGCACCCGCCACACCAGGAAUCUCGAAAAGCACCGUUGCCUCUGCCCAUGUGGAUGCUAAGGGUAGCAUCCGUCUAAAGCGACCUACUGAAGAAAGCACUGUCGCUCAAACCCUGUCCAGGAGCUUGGAUAGCCGGCGUAAUAGUUCUAAUUCGAAGCGUGGAACGCCUACGCCUUCCCACAAAGCCAACGACUCAGCAUCCGACAUUGUGCGACCAGCUGGCGCAGACGUCAGCUCUCAGCCUCGCGAGGCUGCUCCCAUUUUCAACGAGGUUCGUCGAGACCUACUCUUUCAUGAGAAUCAAGAUCCUGCGUCAGCCUCGGAAGCGCAAUUGCCUACCAGCGAUAUUGCGUCAUCGGCAUCUCCGCCUUCGCGGUCGACUUCUACUCGGAGUCAGGCCAAGGCACGCACAUGGGAGAAAUUAUGGUCAAUGGACUAUCGUCGUGAUGAAACAGGGAAGUACUAG